AUGGCUCCCAUUCUCCCUCCUGAUCGUCGCCCCGUCGUCAUCUCCGGCCCCUCUGGCGUCGGCAAGGGCACCCUCUUCAAGCUCCUUUUCGAGAGACACCCCGACACUUUCACUCUUUCCGUGUCGCAUACCACCCGCGGCCCCAGACCUGGCGAGAAGGAUGGCGUCGACUACCACUAUGUCACCAAGGAGGCUUUCGAAGAGUUAAAGGCCAAGGGCGGUUUCGUCGAGAGUGCGCAGUUCGGCAGCAACUUCUACGGAACCAGCAAAGCCACCAUCGAGGAGCAGUCUGCCAAGGGCAAGGUUGUCGUUCUCGACAUCGAGAUGGAGGGUGUUAAGCAGAUCCAGGCUUCUGGCUUCCCCGCCCGCUACGUCUUCAUUGCUCCCCCAUCAGAGGAGGAGCUCGAGAAGAGACUGCGCGGCCGCGGCACCGACAAGGAGGAGGACAUUCUCAAGAGACUGACUCAGGCCAAGAACGAGCUCGCUUUCAGCAAGACCGGUGUCCAUGACAAGAUCAUCGUCAACGAGGAUCUCGAGAAGGCCUACAAGGAACUCGAGGAGUUCGUCUAUGCGCCGGUCAACUGA